AUGGUCUUCAGGCGGAAGGGGCAGACACGUCAUUAUUGGACUGUAGAGAAGCUCAACACUCUCCACGACAUGCGCAGUCGAAGUCUAAGUUAUAGCGAGAUCCAAGCGAAGAUGCCCCGGCGAACGAUUAGCUCUUUGGCGUCCAGGUGGUUGAAGAUCGCAAGCAGAAAGGGACUGAUGAUUGAGGAUCGUAACAAUGAAUUCCGCCAACCUAAGUACGGCACGAAAGAUUACCGGGGAGCUUCAUUCCUACUACCAACAGUACCAGCCAUCAAGAUGGACACCAACGCCAAACAAGCCGUGAUUGAGACAGUCUACAAACUAGCCUACGCCCUGGAUGCCCUAGACGAAGCAACACUCUCCCAAACCUUUACCAACUCCUUCCACCUCGACAUCUCAGCCCUCCUCGGUGUUCCAGCUAAGGACAUCACCGGCACCGAGUACUACCAGCUCGCCCGCAAGAACCUAGGCGGCUUCGAUGCAACACAGCAUCUUCUCAGCAAUCCUCUCGUCACUUUCUCCAGUCCACAGGAGGCACAUGUCAAGGUUUAUAUCUCGGCCUUCCAUGGGAUCGUGACUGAGGGGAAGACGGAGGGUGCGACGGCGAGGGUGUUUUGGUUGAUUGAUCUUGUGAGCAAGGAUGGGGAGGAGUGGAGGAUCAAGGGUAUUAAGGUUCAGCUUGUGGCUCCUAUGGAUCAUUUAGAGGUCUUCAAGAUUGGGCAUGAGCGUGGGGUGGCUGGACAGUUGCGGAAGGGUAUUUGA